AUGGACGUUGAUUCGCAUGCUCUAUUGUCCUCACAAGUGGCAUCCUUGAACCUAAAGAUCGAUGCUUUGAAGGCCCCUCAGUCUGGUACUCCCCCAAUGAGUAUCAAUGCUAUGUCUAGUGUAGCUCCAGUGACAACUUCUUACUGCGAAGUAUGUGGAAUCCAAGGUCACUUUGGUCAUGAGUGCUCUUAUAGUCCGCAGGAUACCACGCGAACGGAGCAAGUGAAUGCUUUUCAACAGAGGCAACCCGAUGACCCAUAUUCCAACUCAUACAAUCCAGGUUGGAGGAAUCAUCCAAAUUUCUCAUAUCGGAGCAACAAUGCUCAAAAUCCUCAACCCCAACAACAAUGGUCACAACCACAGUUCCAUCCACCUCAUGCACAUGUUUCUAGGCCUCCAUUUUCACAAGGAGCCUCACAUAAUGCUCCCCCGGGGUUUAAUAGACCCCCGCACCAAGGCUAUCAGCAACAACCUCCACAGAGCAAUGCCACUCCAGAGCCUAACAUGAGUGAUUUGUAUAAGCUCAUAGUGAAUAUGCAGAAGACCUCAGAGACUUCUCAAAAGAAUCACGAUGAGAGCAUAAAGGAGUUGAAGAAUCAAAACAGAAUGUUGGAGAACCAAGUUGCUCAACUCGCUGAUACUUUGUCAAAAAGACAACCGGGUAAACUUCCAGGGCAAUCUACGCCGUCUCAAGAUCACACUAGAGAGAGUGCUUGUGCCAUUAUUCUUCGGAGUGGUACUACUUAUGAUGCCCCCUCAGUACCUACUGAUUUUAUGGAUAUUAAAAAGGGGAAAGAGGAGGCUAGAAGGACGAAGGAAAGAGUCAAGGAGAAGUCUAGCGAAGAGGCAUAUGUGGAAAGAAAGACUGUGGAUGUAGGGAUUGAAACCCCGGGUGUUGAGAAUGAAAUAGAGAAGAAGGAAAGCAGCAAGGAGAAGGUUACUUAUUCUCCCCCUUUUGCACCUACACUACCAUUUCCUCACCGAAUGCAGAAAACAAAGGUUGAUCAACAGUUCGGUAAGUUCUUGGCUAUGGUCAAGAAUCUUGAGGUAACGAUUCCUUUCACUGAUUUAAUAUCUCAGAUUCCAAUGUACGCAAAAUAUUUAAAGGAAUUAAUCACUAAGAAAAGGGAUAUUGGUGGUGUAGAGAGAGUGGCUCUAACUGAAGAGUGUAGUGCUAUGUUACAAAACAAGUCUCCUCCUAAACUAAAGGACCCCGAUAGUUUCUCCAUCCCUUGUCAUAUAGGUGCUUUAUUCAUUGAUAAGUGUGAUUUAGGUGCUAGUGUGUCUGUCAUUCCUCUCUCUAUUUAUAAAAAGUUGAACAUGGGAGAAUUAAAAUGUACCACCAUUACUCUUCAAAUGGACGACCAUUCUAUUAAAUACCCCUUAGGUGUUUUAGAAGACGUCCCAGUGAGAGUAGGUAAAUUCUAUAUUCUUGUAGACUUUGUUGUGCUUGAUAUAGCAGAGGACAACCAGAUUUCAAUAAUCUUAGGAAGGCUAUUCCUUCAUACUACGGGGGAAAUCAUUGAUGUUAAGAAAGGGAAGCUAACAUUGACUGUAGUGGAUGACAAGGUAACCUUUAACUUGUCUCAUGAGAUGAAAAAUCCAAUGCAAGAAGUGUCUUGUUCUUUGAUUGCCUCAAAUGUUAAGUUUCCUCAUUCUUAUUCUAGAAAUUCUUCAAAUAAUGCACUUGGUUUGAAAGUGUUUGCAGGUGAUGAUGAUCCUGGUGAUGCAGUUGACGUUAGUCCAACAGUUGGAGCAAGAAGUUCGGUACUCGAUGGCACCAAGUUCAAAGUGAACGACCAACGUUUGAAGCUAUACACUGAAAAAGCGUUUAUUGAAAAAUUGGAGACGAACUAUCUCUCCGAUCCACCCAUCGACGCUUGA